UUCUUCCCCAAUUUCAAAAUUGCAGUUUAACAAUGGCGUUGGAAGCGUACACAUCACAACUCACUGACAAAAUCCACACCGAUGUUCUCACCAAAGCUCGAAUUUCUUGCUACAAGGCGAGAGAUGCAUUUUAUUCAUGCCUGGAGAAAGAAUCGAACAAGAAGCCCACUGAAAUCGGGACUGUAGGGCUGUUAUACCCAACUGAUUGCAAGAAAACUAGGCAGGAUUAUGUGAAGCAAUGCCGACCCACUUGGGUGAAGCAUUUUGAUAGGCAGUACUGUGCUAAGAAGAAAGUUCAGAGGCUUUUGGAUGAUAAUGAGUCAAGGAGAGGGCAGUAAUGCUUGGCCCCUAAGGAAGUGACAAGUGAAUGAGUUAGUCAUUUAUCAUGGUAAAUUUGUUGGAUGAUUCUUGUUUUGAACAUUGAUAAACUUCCAAGCAAGAGCAAGAGUAUUAGAUGUGCCAAAUCCCUAGAGAUUGGCCAUUUGAGGAGCCUGCUUCUUUUAAUAUUGGUUGCUAGUUUGAACUCUAGUUAAGAAGAUUCUGAGAAUGUAUUUUAACUCACAAAGGUGAAGGUUGACAUAGUUUGAUGCCUUGUUUCGCCUGCUUGACAUAGUUUGAUGCCUUGUUUCGCCUGCGGAACAGGCGUUCUACCAAGAUAGAUUUAUUUAUAUGAAGUGUUUUUCUGCUUC